AUGAGGGGAGAGAGAGUUCCAGAGAUGAGGGAGGAGAGAGUUCCAGAGAUGAGGGAGGAGAGAGUUCCAGAGAUGAGGGAGGAGAGAGUUCCAGAGAUGAGGGAGGAGAGAGUUCCAGAAGUGAGGGGGGAGAGAGUUCCAGAAGUGAGGGAGAAGAGAGUUCCAGAAGUGAGGGGGGAGAGAGUUCCAGAGGUGAGGGUGGAGAGAGUUCCAGAGGUGAGGGAGGAGAGAGUUCCAGAGGUGAGGGAGGAGAGAGUUCCAGGGAUGAGGGAGGAGAGAGUUCCAGAGGUGAGGGAGGAGAGAGAGUUCCAGAGAUGUGGGGAGAGAGAGUUCCAGAGAUGA